AUGUCGUCCGUCCCGUCGCCCUCCUACCGUCAUCUCCAUUACCCCUCUCCUCCAAUCACCCUCGCGAUUUUCCCAUCGCAAAUCUCUCUCUCGCCGCUCCCUUUCCUGAACCAAUCGCCUUCUCCUCUCCCUUCUCGUCGCUCUCUCUCUCGCCGCCCCCUUUCCGUUGCAAUCGCCCUCUCCUAUCCCUUCCCGUCGCUCUAUCUCUCUCCCCUCCCUUCCCGUCGCUCUAUCUCUCUCCCCUCCCUUCCCGUCGCUCUAUCUCUCUCCCCUCCCUUUCCGUCGCUCUAUCUCUCUCCCCUCCCUUUCCGUCGCUCUAUCUCUCUCCCCUCCCUUUCCGUCGCUCUAUCUCUCUCCCCUCCCUUUCCGUCGCUCUAUCUCUCUCCCCUCCCAUCCCGUCGCUCUAUCUCUCUCCCCUCCCUUCCCGUCGCUCUAUCUCUCUCCCCUCCCUUUCCGUCGCUCUAUCUCUCUCCCCUCCCAUUCCGUCGCUCUAUCUCUCUCCCCUCCCUUCCCGUCGCUCUAUCUCUCUCCCCUCCCUUGCCGUCGCUCUUGCUCUCUCCCCUCCCUUCUCGUAGCCUAAGAUGCAGCCGUCGCAAAUUCCUCUCCCACCCACCAUCACCCACCCCAUCGCCUUCCCGCUCGCCACGAAACGCCUUCUCGUCCCCCGCCCACUUUCUCCUCCCAUCGCCUGCCUGGUCGCCUUCGCGCUCGCACUCAAACGCUCUCCCCGCGCCCUUCCUCUCUCCCUUCCCAUCACCGACCUCGUCGCCCUCGUGCUCGUCCCGAAAUGCCUUCCCAUCGCCUUUCGUCUCUUCUCCCCAAUCAUUAAUCUCUGAAACGCUCUCCAUCGUCGGCCAAUCCGCCCUUCGCUCUUGCUUUGCAAUGCCCUCUCCACGCCCUUCCUCCCUCCCUUCACAAUCUGUCUUCCCUCCCCGCAUCCCGUCGUUCCUCUCUACCCUCCCAUCCCGUCGUUCCUCCGCUCUACCCUCCCAUCCCGUCUUUCUUCCUCUCUCCCCUCCCAUCCCGUCGUUCCUCCUCUCUUCCUUCCUAUCCCGUCGUUUUUCCCUUCUCCCCUCCCAUCCCGUCGUUCCCCCUCUCUCCCCUCCUCUCCUGUCAGCCCCCUUGUCCCCAGUCCCUUCUCUUCGCCGUCGACCAAUCAACCUGUUCGCGCAGGAUUUUGCGAGUUUUUGCCUGUGCGCGCUGGAUUUUGCCUGUGUGUGCGCUGUUUUUCGCAUAUGGGAAUUCUUGUGA